AUGUCGCGGUGUCACUCUGUCGUCACCAGGCCACUGGUGAGGCAAUUAUGUCACCGACCGGCACAGCAAGGCUUAGCCCGGCCCUUUUCCACUACAAUGUCCUCCUGGUCAGCAACGACCUCCGAUGCCCAGCAGCAGCAGCCGCAACAGACUUCGUCUUCGCCUCUGGACCAGAGUCCGGACACGGUCCUACCCGAAUUCGAGGAUUCCCUAAUCAGAGCUGGAAAGAUGCCCGUUGGCUCCCGCAGACGCCGCGUUGCCAUGCGCACCACGACCGACUCCCUCCCCUUUGAGCAGCUGCCCUAUCAGGCCUUCCAGGAAGCACGCAAGAUCCUGGCCGCCGACCGGCAGGACAAGUUGCAACGCAUCCGAGACGAGACGGCCAAGAUUUCCUGGCUCGAGGCACGCGAUGCCUCCCUCAUCAAGGGCGGCCAGUACAUGAAGGAUACCAAGCUGGCCAGUCUGCGUCGCUACGUCGAGCAGCUCAAGAUUCUCGCCGACAUCAACGACCCGCUUGUCAAGAAGCGCUUCGAGGAUGGACUGGGCGAUAUGGAUAAGCCCAUAUACCGACACUAUGCCGAGAAGCGAUGGCGCUCAUACAACUACAAGCUCAUCAAGCAGCGCAUCUCGCAAUUCCACGUCGUCCCCGACAUUCUGCCGAAGCUGGAGCCCACAGCUGACGUGCAGCUGUACUUUGGGCAGCAGAAGACGCCGGCGGGCCAGGUGGUUGACAGCCUGCUGAGCGAGCGCCCGCCCCGGCUACGCGUCCAGGUCUUCGACAAGGGCGAGCGCCUGGUGUCUGUCGUGGUCAUGGACGCCGAUGUUCCCGACGCUGAGAACGACUCGUUUUACAAGCGCUGCCACUUCAUGGCCGCCAACGUGCCUCUCAGCCCCACGCAGACGUCGCUCCCGCUCGGCCGCAUCCGUGCCGACGACCAGCUCGCCGUGCCGUGGCUGCCCGCUUUCGCCCAGAAGGGCGCCCCCUACCACCGCCUCGCCAUCUUCCUGCUCGAGCAGAAGCCCGGCGAGCGCAUCGACGUCGCCCGCCUCCGCGAACUGUACGCCUCCAAACGUGACGGCUUCUCCCUCAAGUCCUUCCGCGGCAAGUUCUCCCUCAACCCUGUCGGUUUCACCAUGUUCCGCUCCGUCUGGGACGACAACACCGCAGACGUCAUGGCCAGGCACAAACUACCCGGCGCUGACGUCGAGUUCCGUCCCACCCGCGUCCGCAGCCUCAAAACCCCCGUCAAGCCUCGUGGCUGGGAGGCCAAGCACCAGGGCCCUAAGUACCGCCACCUGUGGAAGUACACCAAGCGCAUUCGCGGUCUCUCCAAUGCCAAUGGCUGGACUAAGCGCAAGUAG